AUGAGUAGCGUGAUACGACACCCUAAGUAUGCUUUUGGCCUAUUACAGACCCCAUCAGAUUCAGAAAAUGGGAAAUCAGGAAAGGUACAUGGUGCUUCCAGCUCUGCAUCUGUAUAUCCAUCAUUUUCUUCCAGUUCAGCAGACAGAACGGAACAGCAAUCUAACCUUUGCACGCCAAAACUACAGAACAGGACAUCAUCAAAAAUAAGCUCCAGUUCUCUACUUGAAUCAUGUUCCUCAAGUAUUCGAACUCCACGAGGACGAAAGAAGACGAGCACCCCUCGCACAGCAUCGAGUUCUGUCUCUAAUGAUGUCAAUUCCACUACUUUAGUAGCUGUGGUGGAAGGUCGUGGAGUUGCUCGUGGUGAAAUUGGCAUGACCAGUUUAGAUUUGAGCCAGCCUGUCCUUAACCUGUCCCAGUUCUCAGACAGUCAGACCUACUCCAUGACAUUGGCGAAAUUACAGAAUAUACAUCCUGUUGAGAUUCUUUUGCCAAAUACGAUAUGUGAUGCUGGGGACAAGAAUAAAUUGCUCAACUUGAUAACUUGCCAGUUUCCUAAUGUGACUAUAUCAUCUGUACAGAGAAGAUACUUCAGUGAGACUAAAGGUUUACAGUAUGUGAAGCAACUUUGUGCCACUGAGUACAAAAAUAUUGAACUUCAAAUUUCAACAAAAUACUACUGUUUAGCCACCACUGGUGCCUUACUGAAGUACAUGGAAUUCAUUCAGAAUGUCAUGUUUGCUCCAAAUUCCUUGAAAGCUGUGUUCAAAGGAUGUGAGAACUCUACUAUGAUUGAUUCGGCAACAGUGAAAAACUUGGAGCUCCUUCAAAACCUGAGAGAUCCCAUAAGCCAGCACAGUCUCUUCGGUAUUCUCAACUACACUAAGACUGCUGGAGGGGGAAGGCUUCUGAGGUCAAAUAUCUUACAGCCGCCUAGUGAUGAAGAAACCAUUGUGCUUCGACAUGGUGCCAUUGCAGAACUGACUGAAAAGGAAGAUAUUUUCUUUGGUCUGCAGUCAGUCCUUAGUAAAUUUGUUGACAUUGGUCAUAUCAUCAGUGUGUGUGUGCAGAUUCCUAAGCAGGAGACUCUUCGAUCAGCAGAGAGCAAACUCAACUGUGUCAUUGCCCUGAAGCAUGUACUCCAACUGGUGGAGCCCCUUAAGGAACAUUUGUCCUACUGCGAGAACAAGAUGCUCAAAAUGUACUAUAAGGCCCUUGAUGAUGUACGAUUCAAGACUAUCUUGGAGAAAAUUGGGGAAGUGAUCAAUGAUGCAACCCACCUGGAGAAGGGAGCCUUACAGCAACACUAUCAGAGAUGUGCAGCCAUCAAAACAAAAAUAAAUGGUUUGCUUGACGUGGCAAGACGCACCUACACAGAGCUGGUGGAUGAUCUAGAGAGUCUGGUCCAGCAAUGUGCAGAAAACUACCAGCUGCCACUGCGAACGGCAUACAGCAGUCUGCGCGGGUUCUACAUCCAGAUGUCCAUAGAGACACGAGGGAAGAGAGGGGGUGGUGGUGGUGCUGCUGCUGUAUCCCAGGACAAUCUGCCGUCUGUUUUCAUUAAAGUGAACAAGUUCAAAAACACUCUCAGCUUUACCACGAUGGAGCUGCUCCAGUUGAAUGAAAGGAUCAAGAGUGCCCUAGAUCAGAUAUACAUGAUGGGAAAUUUUGUGACCACAGAUUUGCUGACUAGCCUCCAGGGUCAGGUGAGCUGUCUCUACGAACUGGCAGACAUUGUAGCCAUGGUGGACAUGCUGCUGUCCCUGGCCCACGCUGCCACGCUCUCCUCUUACAUUCGGCCAGAGUUUACGGACACAUUGGCCAUCAAACAAGGUUACCAUCCCAUCCUACAGAAAGUCAGCUGUGACAUAGUGGUGCCCAAUGACACAUAUGCAGCAGACCACAGCAAUUUCAUUGUUCUCACAGGGCCCAACAUGGGUGGUAAAUCUACCUAUCUGAGACAGGUUGCCCUGCUACAAAUCAUGGCUCAGAUUGGAUCCUUUGUACCAGCUCAAUUUGCGUCCUUUCGAAUUGCUGAUCAGAUUUUCAGCCGCAUUGGCUCAGAUGAUGACAUGGAGUCCAACUCUUCUACUUUUACAUUAGAGAUGAAAGAGACCAACUACAUUUUACAGAAUGUUACGGAUAAUUCUCUUGUGAUUAUAGAUGAGCUCGGAAGAGGAACCAGUGCUGAGGAGGGAGUUGGUAUUUGCUGGGCUAUUUCAGAGUGUCUUCUUAAGAAAAAGGCUUUCACAUUUUUUGUGACACACUUCAGGCAGUUGACGGAUUUGAACAGGAACUAUCCAAAUGUUUCUGAGUACUAUUUUGAAGUUCAAAGAGUAUUUAAUGCAGAGGCCAGAUGUGAAAAAAUUUCCUACACUCAUGUCCUGUCACGAGGGGUUACACCAGAGACCCACUAUGGUCUUCAGCUUGCCUCAAUGUCCACCAUCCCAACAAGUGUCAUUGAAGAUGCGAGAAAAAUUGCUGACAACAUUGAGCAAAGAAGGGAGAAAACUCGUCGAAGAGAUAUUGUUGUACUGAGACAACAUGCUGACUUCAGCCUUGCCAUGAAACUGAUCCAAGUUGCCAAGAACUCACGUAUGGAUGAGGAUGCUUUGAGGAUGUACCUCAAAUCUCUCCGCAAAACGUAUUUGGCAGAGCUUGAGAAACUGACGACUACUGCAAACGCUCAGAUGUCAACCAGUAGUGAAGAGUGAGCUCUUAGAGUGCUCUCACAGUGAAGUGACAUGUGGCAAACAAUGUCAAUGCUGUGAUCCAUUUAAAAUGAGAACAAUUUGUCAAAAUAGUAUGUAAACUCCCGAUGGAAAAUGUUUUGUUAAGUUUCCAAAGUUGACAUUUUUAAAGAAUUCUAUAAAUUUUUCUUCCUACUUGCGACGUCGGUGUGAAAUUUGCUUUACUCUUUUAAAACUUGAACCGUUAGUUCAUCAUUUGUCAGUGACUUUUUUUGCAGAUUGCAGUUUGAUUUUUGCUGUUGUCUUCAUUUUUGCACAACUUUGCAAACUUUACAUAAGUUUUCUCUCCAUAUACCGUACUCAUGUUUAACUUUUUUCAUAACUGUGGACUGAUGUGCAUUGAAAAAUAAAUUUCUAGACCGACCAGGAAUGAUUUCCGUAGAACUGAUUUCACAUUAGAAAAGAUGGGAUAUUUUCAUGCUUCAAUACAGAUUCAUAGAUACAGAUUCAUAGAUUUCAUUGCCAAGUUGUACACUUUGACUCAUCCAAAAUGAGGGAAAACUUGAACUAGUCAUUUUGUUCAUUUCCCCAUGUUGUGUCUAAAUUUUUGACCAUUUUGUAUUAGUAUUAGCCUUCACAAUUAUUUUGAAGUCUUCUCAGCCUUGGGUAUCUAAUGGGUAUCUCUAUAAAAAAAAACCAGUACGCCAAUAGCUCAGCUAGUAUCAUGCUGGGCAAUGGUGCAGAUGACCCUGGUUUGAGCCCUCAGUGGGGUAUUGUUGAAUGGUUUGAUCCUAUCCAAGAUGGGCUUUUAGUUUGGAGGUCUGGUCUCUUAUGGGGAGGAGCGACCCUUGAUUUUGCAGCUUUUGGGUCAGGCUAUGUAAAUUUUAUGUUGGCUGAUUUU